AUGGCCGGUAUCAACUUCACCCCUGCCGACAUCGGCAAGGUCGCCCGUAUCCUCGCCAACGACAACCACGAGCACCGUCGCGAGAUGCUCGACUUUGUCGCCAAGGACCCCAUCUACAUCCCCCGCUACGACAUCUCCCUCGAGGCCAAGCGCGAGCUCGCCCUCCAGCGUCUCCGCCGUCUCGCCCACGCGGGCUACAUCUCCGUCAUGGACUUUGAGAAGAAUCCCCUCCGUGUCUUUUCCGCUCACGAGAUUGCUGGCAUGAUCGACGGAAGCAUGGGCACCAAGAUGACUGUCCAGUGGAACCUGUUCGGUGGUACGGUGAUCAAGCUCGGAACUGAGAGACACCGUAACCUCCUGCCCAAGAUCGACGAUAUGAGCGCGAUCGGAUGCUUUGGUCUGACCGAGUUGGGCUAUGGUAACAACGCUGUUGAGAUGGAGACCACUGCUUAUUAUCUUCCCGAGACCCACGAGUGGGAGAUCCAUACACCCACCGUCAAGGCCCAGAAGUACUGGAUCACCAACUCUGCUGUCCACGCCAAGUGGUGCAUUGUCUUUGCUCAGACCUUUGUUGGUGGCAAGGACGAAGGUAUCCACGCCAUCCUUGUCCGCAUCCGUGAAGAGGACAUGACUCCUUCCAAGGGUGUGCGCAUCGAGGACAUGGGCGUCAAGUUUGGCUGCAACGGUGUUGACAACGGCAAGCUGUUCUUUGACCACGUCCGUGUCCCUGCCCAAAACAUCUUGAACAAGUACUCUGACAUUUCGCGCGACGGAAAGUUCUCGUCCUCGAUCAACAAUCGCCGUGGCCGCUUCCUCAAGGUCGCUGAUCAGCUGCUGUCCGGACGUCUUGCCAUCGCAUCCCUUUGCCAGGGUGGCUCCAAGGUCUGCUUGGCCAUUGCUUUCCGCUAUGCUAACAGCCGUCUCUGUGUCGGACCCAAGGGCAAGAGUGAUACCCCUAUCAUGGUCUACCAAUUGCAGCAGAAAGCUCUGCUCCCGUUGUUUGCCCAGACUGUCUGUUUGAACAUUGGGUUGAACUACUGCAAGGAGCGCUGGGCUGCCGCCUCAUUGAAGCAGAACCCCUCUGAUGCCGAUGAGGUUGUCCGCCUUUGCUGUGUCAUCAAGCCCCUGGUGACCUGGAAUAACGAGCGUGUUGCCACGACCUGCCGUGAACGUUGCGGUGGCCAGGGCUACCUCUCCGUUAACCGCUUCGGUCAGUUCAUUGCAUUCUCUCAUGCCGGUAUGACUGCCGAGGGAGACAACAGUGUGUUGAUGCAGAAGGUCGCGAAGGAGAUCGUUACUCUUCUCCAGAAGGGCCAGCUGGAUCUCAAGCACUUGCCCAACCCUAAGGAUGCCUCCAACUGGGACAUUACGUCUUUGGAGACCCUUUAUAAGCUUUUCCAGCUCCGUGAGGCCGGACUCUUCAAGGAGCUCGCAACUGCUAUGCAGGCCAAGAUGAACAAGGGCAAGCAAUUGUUCGAGGUCUGGAUGGGCGAGGAAUCUGACACAAUCCAGGCUGCUGCCAAGGCAUACGGUGAGCGCAUCUGCUUCGAGCAGACGCUCAAGGUCAUCGAGACCGUCUCCGGUGGCGCCAAGGCGAUCUUGGAGACUUUGUUGCGCCUGUGGGGUCUGAGCAUGGUCGAUACUUACCUUGCCUGGUACAUGACCCGCGGCCUGGUCUCACAGCAGACUGCUCUCAAGGUGCCUCAGCAUGUGCGCGAAGUUGUUGCUAUUGUCGGCACUAACUCGUUGGCGAUCAGCGAUAUCCUGGGUGUUGAUGAGCGCCUGAUUUUUGCGCCCAUUGCUGGCGGAGCUGGUGGCUGGGAGAUCUACAAUGAGAUCGAUAACAAGGGCGAGCUCAUGGAGCACAAUCUGCUCGAGACCAAGGGCUUCACUGCUCAUGAGGCCUAUGGUACCUCCAAGUUGUAA